UUCCGUUUGGUCCAGCCCCGUCGUGCACGCAGUUCCCAACACUUCUCGUCAUCCUCUCUUUGGUCUCUUUAUUCUGCUGAGCGGUGCUGUUAGGAUUUCUUUUUUUUUUUUUUUUCCCCUGACCACGUUCGCGAUGGUGGGUAGCAGCAAGGUGGCCCUGGUAGGGGAGGGGUUGGUAUCGAGAUUGGGCACCGGAGGAGAACGCCUUCUUUCAACUUUGUCUGUGGCUUGCACCCCCGGAGAAGGCCACAGGCCGGUUGUCGGGUGCAGAUGUGCCGAGAGUGAUUUCUAAGUAGUUGAGUUGUUGUGAUGAGGGUACGACUGCUAAUGGUCGGCAGGUUUUGUUUUCAUUGGUGAAUCUGGUGUCAUCAUAUUCCGGUCAUAUGUUGAAAUAUUCUUUGUUUAGGUCUGGAAGUAGAGGAUCUCACUCUGCACGUCCACAUUGUGUUGUUUUUAAAAUGAUGUCUCUGGGAGUAUGGAUUUCUAGAAUUUCAAAUCUGAGUGAAGGUCCGGGCAUGUGUGGGCCUCAUCACCUGGCCUUGACAGUGAACUUUGUGGCUGUGUUGCGGAUUUCAAAGAUUUGCCCCAUAGCUGGGAAAGGAGUUGUGCAUUUUUGCUAAUAGUCGGUGUCAGGAAUGUAGAUGCUCGAGCUGGGAAAGUUAGAGAGGGAAGAACAUUUAUAUAUAAAUAAUGGAUAGUUGAAUAUUAGAAUCAGAUUAAUUUGGGCUGAUGAAAGUUUUUUUUUUUUUUAAAGCAGUUGUGCACUCUGGGAAGGAAGUCUUUUCACAGGUUCACUUGAUAGGGAUUCUUUAAGGCGAGGGGUUGGAAUUAUCUCCUUUUUGAGCGAGUUCUCACCAACAUCUGUAGUUUUAUUGAGGGCCUGGUAAGGGUACUGAAAUUGAGGCUAAACCAUGUAAGCAUACUUUUCAGUGUUUAUGAUAUUUGUUUACAUCUGGUGUUCACUCUAAGCAAUAGAAAUAAAUAGGUCAGCUUUGCUUUUGGUCUUUGAAGACUGGCCCCCUCCUUCCUUUUUUAAGUUUCACAAUUUAUUUGGUUUACAGCAUUGUUGGAAACUGUUACUACAUUUUUACUGGAAAUACUAUUAUUCAUUUUAAUUUUGGUAAGUUCCUUCUUAUUCUCUUCUUCUGUCUUCACUUGUUUAUGGAAUCGGUGUUGUGGGCUUAAAACUAGUUUAUUUUAGGGGGUCAUUAAAAAUGUCUGAAAAAUACGUUUUCAAAUCCCAGGACCUAUCUUUUCAUGGCAAAGAGGAAAUUUUGUGUACAGUUAUGCUAAUGUUUAUAAAAAAAUUUCUGUACUUAAAACGUUUGUAGAUGUACGGCUAUCCUUAAGUGAAGAGCAUAGUAAUAGUGCACAAAGUUCUCAAAACACAAACAUCUGGCUAACAUGUUACGAAUAUUCCAGGGGCUUUUUUUUUUUUUUACGUCAGACUUUUGCUUUUGGUAACAUAAUAGUAUUUGCAGUUUGACUGACAUUGCUUGGCUGCCCAUAAUAAAGUUUUUUGCUUGGGUGCUAUUGAAUGCUUUUUAACUUAGUUUUUAGACAAUUUUGCAGGCUUUAUUUAAGCAUGUUGUAUUUUGGACUGAGGCAAGUCUUUGUGGAACUGGAGUAGUAAUAGAUGAAAAAGACACCUACCUGGGCUAAGUUGUAUUUUUAGAAGGUAUAAGUGACGGAUGGGGCCUAUUUCUUUUAGCUUUGAAGGGUCCAUCCUUUUUCCUAUUCAGUCGUCUGGAAGGAGCUGCCUCUGAAAUACUCUUCUUCUGCUUACAUGAAGAUCUCUAAAUGCUAUCCAGCAGGAGGUGCUACAGCAAGAUAAAGGAAAUUUUUGAAUUUUGAGGGUCUUGCUACUUAUUACAGCUCUACUUAGCUUCAGCUAAGCAACAGGAGUAACACCUUAAAGUUCCAGAAAGAUUUUGAGGGGCUAGAGAGCUGAAGGAGAACCAGUUUCCCCAAAAUUGGACUUCUCAGAACCUUUAAUAUGCUAAUGUGCAUUGUGAAUCUCCAAGAGGGGGAUAUGAUAUGCAGCAUUCUUGAAUACUUCUAAUGACAGGGAGCCCACUACCUCAUAAGCUGCAGUGAGAAGAGGAGUUUGUUACUUUAAACAGAGGCUGAAGAAACUAUAGAAUUAGCAGAGAAAGUGGAGAAGGUAGAGGAUGGAGUUGCAGACUCUACAGGAGGCUCUUAAAGUGGAAAUUCAGGUUCACCAGAAACUGGUUGCUCAAAUGAAGCAGGAUCCACAGAAUGCUGACUUAAAGAAACAGCUUCAUGAACUCCAAGCCAAAAUCACAGCUUUGAGUGAGAAACAGAAAAGAGUAGUUGAACAGCUACGGAAGAACCUGAUAGUAAAGCAAGAACAACCGGACAAGUUCCAAAUACAGCCAUUGCCACAAUCUGAAAACAAACUACAAACAGCACAGCAGCAACCACUACAGCAACUACAACAACAGCAGCAGUACCACCACCACCACGCCCAGCAGUCAGCUGCAGCCUCUCCCAACCUGACUGCUUCACAGAAGACUGUAACUACAGCUUCUAUGAUUACCACAAAGACACUACCUCUCGUCUUGAAAGCAGCAACUGCGACCAUGCCUGCCUCUGUGGUGGGCCAGAGACCUACCAUUGCUAUGGUGACCGCCAUCAACAGUCAGAAGGCUGUGCUCAGCACUGAUGUGCAGAACACACCAGUCAACCUCCAGACGUCUAGUAAGGUCACUGGGCCUGGGGCAGAGGCUGUCCAAAUUGUGGCAAAAAACACAGUCACUCUGCAGGUUCAGGCAACACCUCCUCAGCCCAUCAAAGUACCACAGUUUAUCCCCCCUCCUAGACUCACUCCACGUCCAAACUUUCUUCCACAGGUUCGACCCAAGCCUGUGGCCCAGAAUAACAUUCCUAUUGCCCCAGCACCACCUCCCAUGCUCGCAGCUCCUCAGCUUAUCCAGAGGCCCGUCAUGCUGACCAAGUUCACCCCCACAACCCUUCCCACAUCCCAGAAUUCCAUCCACCCCGUCCGUGUCGUCAAUGGGCAGACUGCAACCAUAGCCAAAACGUUCCCCAUGGCCCAGCUCACCAGCAUUGUGAUAGCUACUCCAGGGACCAGACUCGCUGGACCUCAAACUGUACAGCUUAGCAAGCCAAGUCUUGAAAAACAGACAGUUAAAUCUCACACAGAAACAGAUGAGAAACAAACAGAGAGCCGCACCAUCACCCCACCUGCUGCACCCAAACCAAAACGGGAGGAGAACCCUCAGAAACUUGCCUUCAUGGUGUCUCUAGGGUUGGUAACACAUGACCAUCUAGAAGAAAUCCAAAGCAAGAGGCAAGAGCGAAAAAGAAGAACAACAGCAAAUCCGGUCUACAGUGGAGCAGUCUUUGAGCCAGAGCGUAAGAAGAGUGCAGUGACAUACCUAAACAGCACAAUGCACCCUGGGACCCGGAAGAGAGGUCGUCCUCCAAAAUACAAUGCAGUGCUGGGGUUUGGAGCCCUUACCCCAACAUCCCCCCAAUCCAGUCAUCCUGACUCCCCUGAAAAUGAAAAGACAGAGACCACAUUCACUUUCCCUGCACCUGUUCAGCCUGUGUCCCUGCCCAGCCCCACCUCCACAGACGGUGAUAUUCAUGAGGAUUUUUGCAGCGUUUGCAGAAAAAGUGGCCAGUUACUGAUGUGCGACACAUGUUCCCGUGUAUAUCAUUUGGACUGCUUAGAUCCCCCUCUGAAAACAAUUCCCAAGGGCAUGUGGAUCUGUCCCAGAUGUCAGGACCAGAUGCUGAAGAAGGAAGAAGCAAUUCCAUGGCCUGGAACUUUAGCAAUUGUUCAUUCCUAUAUUGCCUACAAAGCAGCAAAAGAAGAAGAGAAACAGAAGUUACUUAAAUGGAGUUCAGAUUUAAAACAAGAACGAGAACAACUAGAGCAAAAGGUGAAACAGCUCAGCAAUUCCAUAAGUAAAUGCAUGGAAAUGAAGAACACCAUCCUGGCCCGGCAGAAGGAGAUGCACAGCUCCCUGGAGAAGGUAAAACAGCUGAUUCGCCUCAUCCACGGCAUCGACCUCUCCAAACCUGUAGACUCUGAGGCCACUGUGGGGGCCAUCUCCAAUGGCCCGGACUGCACCCCCCCUGCCAAUGCCGCCACCUCCACGCCGGCCCCUUCCCCCUCCUCCCAGAGCUGCACAGCGAACUGUAACCAGGGGGAAGAGACUAAAUAACAGAGCCCCUCUAGGAGAAGCCACGGGAUCCCGGCGGCAAGGAGAGCAGAACACUGAAGACUCUAGAAAAGCAAAGCCGGAUUUCUGGAAAGUGCAGAAUUCUUUUGGUUCUUUGGUUCCAGAGAGAGAGAAGAUGCUUGUGCCAGGUGGCACCAGAGUUUGCCAAUUGAUCCUUCUUAUUCUGUGUGUACAUGCAAAGAUUGGACCAUGUUACAUGAAAUAGUGCCAGCUGGAGGUUCUUUGCCAGCACCAUGCCAAGUGAAAUAAUAUAUUUACUCUCUCUAUUAUACACCAGUGUGUGCCUGCAGCAGCCUCCACAGCCACGAUGGGUUUGUUUCUGUUUUCUUGGGUGGGGAGCAGGGACGGGCGGAGGGAGGAGAGCAGGUUUCAGAUCCUUACUUGCCGAGCCGUUUGUUUAGGUAGAGAAGACAAGUCCAAAGAGUGUGUGGGCUUUCCUGUUUCUAAACUUUCGCUACUAUAAAACCAAAAAAAGGAAUUGAGAUUUCACCAACCCCAGUGCCCAGAAGAGGGAAGGGGAGUGGCUGGAGGGAGCAGGGGGUGUGACAGUGUAUCAAAUAAGCAGUAUUUAAUCACCUCUGGUGGGGGCCUCGUGCAAGGGGAGACUGACACCAAGAACAGCCAGUAGGUUCUUCUCCCCUCUGCUCUGCUCCCUGCGCGGUAACCCCACCACUCCUGAAGCCUGCCCAGUCUCCUUCCUUCCCUGCUUGGUGAAUCGCGCAUCUCCGUGGUUAUCCCGCUGUCUCCUCUCCAAGAACAAGCAGAGCCCGGGCCACUGGCCCUUGCCCAAGGCAGGGAAGAAGGAUGUGUGUGUCCAGGAAGGAAAAAAAGGUGGAUCAGUGAUUUUACUUGAAAACAAGCUCCAUCCCUUUUCUAUAUUUAUAAGAAGAGAAGAUCUUGAGUGAAGCAGCACGCGACCCAGGUGUGUGUGAAUUGAAUGGAGACGUUUCUUUUCUCUUUCUUUAAUUUUUGUUUUUGUUCUUUUUUUCUUUAAGGAAAGUUUUAUUUUACUGUUCAUUUUACUUUCUUGGUAACAAAAACUAAAAUAAGGAAUAGAAAAGCUGUUUUUCAGGCUGACAGUCCAAUUAAGGGUAGCCGAGACCUUGCAUGGUAGAGUAGGAAUCAUAGUGUCAGUGAGGUCCCGUGAGUCUUUGUGAGUCCUUGUGUCAUCGUUCGGGCACUGUUUUUUUAUGCAAGGGCAAAAAUCUUUGUAUCUGGGGAAAAAAACCUUUUUUUUAAAUUAAAAAGGAAAAUAAAAGAUUGAGGUCUUCCUAGUGUUACUUAAAUUAAGAUCAAGGUAAGAAACAUUGUAAAAAAAAAAUUACAAAAGUGCUAUUUGUUUCCUAAAAACAGUGAUUUCUAUUAAAAAGGUGUCAGAACUGGAGAAAA